UGUUGGGUCAGGGGGUGCGUGCGGCUCGCGGCAACAGUAGGUUCGUCACAGCCGCCGCGGAGAGGGAGGGGCGCCGCCCGGAGCCCAGAGUCUCCCCAGGCCUCGCCGGGCGCGGCUGCUGCUCCCCUUCCGUCCCCUCCGCUACCGCCGCAGUGGUAGCGCCCGGCUCCAGCUGACCGGCCUGGAAUCCCGGCUCCCAGCCCCGGACCCUCCGCUCCCAGCGACCCCCCGCCCCGGCGACGCGGCCCCGCCGGAGACUCGGCCCUGCCAUGGGAGACGCCGGCAGCGAGCGCAGCAAGGCGCCCAGCCUGCCGCCCCGGUGCCCCUGCGGAUUCUGGGGGUCCAGCAAGACUAUGAAUCUCUGUUCCAAAUGCUUUGCUGAAAAAAGAAAUCCACACAAUGAAAAAGAUUUCCAAAAGAAGCAGCCAGAUGAUGACUCCACUCCCAGCACAAGCAACAGCCAAUCAGAUUUGUUCUCUGAAGAAACAAACAGUGACAACAGCAAUACCUCUCUAACUACGCAGACUGUUAACUCCAACCAGCAACUUUCGACAGAACUGAAUGUAACUUCGCUGAGUAAAGAGGAAUGUGGGCCAUGCACAGGUACACCUCAUGUCUCGUUAACUACACCAACCAAAAGAUCCUGUGACUCUGAUUCACAGUCAGAGAGCGAGGCUUCUCCUGUGAAACGGCCACGGCUACUGGAGGACAGUAAUGACAGGCCUGAGGAAACCAGUCGAUCCAAACAGAAGAGCAGACGCAGGUGCUUCCAGUGCCAAACAAAACUGGAGCUAGUACAGCAGGAACUGGGAUCAUGUCGCUGUGGUUAUGUGUUCUGUAUGUUGCAUCGCCUGCCUGAACAACAUGACUGCACAUUUGACCACAUGGGACGUGGGCGUGAGGAAGCCAUUAUGAAAAUGGUGAAACUGGACCGGAAAGUAGGGAGAUCAUGCCAGCGCAUCGGCGAAGGGUGUUCCUGAGUGCGAGACUCUGCAACCAAAUGCUGUUCUUAGUUCACUAAUGUUAGCCUUAUUUAGGACAAAGUCAGCCAGACACCUUGUACUGGGCAAGUUUCAGACUACAGCCAAUCAGUUUCCUUUCUUUAGCCAACCGUCCUGGUACUGUAGUUUAGGGGUUGAUGGUGGUUGAAAUUGAUUUCUGGCUGGUUACAAAGGUGCCUGCUAGCCAAUGUAUAAAAUUAAAACAUGAAAAAAUAUUUUUUCGAGCAUGGCUAGUGGAUUUAAAACACAACAAAACAAAAAAUCCAAAGGCUUCGAUUAUUGCUGGAGUCAAACUCUAAAAGCCUUACGCUGGAAACCUUCCAGCUGCAGAGUUAUAAUAAACAGCUGAGUAGAAGCUGGUGUAAAAGUUUGCUAUGCACACGGCUUUCAGACAAACUGUGUUUAAUGUGCAGCCUUUCACCUCUUCACUUCUAGUUAAUCCUGAAGAGAUGAAACUCCACUAAGAGCAGCCGUGGUAGCUGCUAAGCCCGGAAGACCUGACUGGUCAUCCGUGCCUUCAUCACGCGUGGCUUUUGAGGUUAGGCAAUGUCACCAGCAUCAGGGAUUCUGUUGGGGAGGGAACAUCUUUCUGGUUCUUCCCAGGAAGCCAAAAAGAGGGGGGACAGAGAUUCUUAUGAAAAAAUUUUAUAUCUAACUUGCUGCAGAGAUCCUGUUUUUCUUCAUUUAAAUUAUGGUGAUCUCAUUUUAAAGCUGGUUACAUCCUAGAGCAGUAACAGUGUGUAUUCUCUACAUGGCAUCCAUAGAAUUUCUAAGCGUUGUCUGACCAGAUUCCACGGUUGUUAUGUAUGCUGACCAGUGCUGCCAUUCCCACCGGCCGAAACCUGAUUGGCUCUUGUUUGCCUUUUGCUAAGUGCAGGUAUCUGAUAAUUGAUCAAAUAAGGCUAAUUCACAGCACAGUAGCCAAGGCUGGAUUCUACAGACUGACUUUCUGUAGCUAGACAUAUAUAUUGGGGGGGGAAAAGGACAUAUUGUAGCAAACAGAAUUCAGUAACAGUAUUGGGGAACAACCAGGAAAGCAUCCCUCAUCAGCUUGAGUUUUAACAAGAUAAUCAAAUGGGCUAUGUCAGCCUUGUUUCUAUGCAGCUCAAUGCUCUCAUGAAAAUCUCUGCCCGCAAAUAUUGCAAAGCAAGUGAAUGUGAAAUGCAUUACAUGGAAAACUUUGGAUCUGUUGUUUAGACUUAUGCGCUCUUUCACACUGAGCCACAUAGAGCUGAACUGCACAGAUCUUGUUAGUUUGUAGCGGAAAAAGAAAAAAAUCAGCAUGUCUCCUGCUGCAGACAAAGUUUAUGCAGGUCAAGAGGAUUCAUGCUGAUUUGUCUCAGUAGUCCUAUGUGGAUAUGGUUCCCUGACCCAAGUUAGUAAAGCAUUAACAAUCAGGUAGUUUAGUAGAAAAACUGGGGGGGGGGGGG